GCCUCAGGUGUGGUGGGGCUGGGUACACCUGUUGGGCCCGGGCGGCGACUCCAAGCCCCAGAGGGUGACGGUAGCCGCCGGGCCGCACUGAGUAGCAGCAGGCUGCGGGCCUGAUCUGUCUGUUCGCAGAGCGGGAUGCGGUGACGCCCCUGGACGGCCAUGGCAGCGGCAGACGAGCUGACGUUUCACGAGUUCCAGGAAGCCACGGAUCUCCUGGCAGAGGCUCCAGAUGCAGCCACCACAAGCAGGAGUGACCAGCUGACCCCACAGGGGUCCGUGGCGGUCGCUGUGGGCUUGGGUGACGGCUUUGGAGGAGAGGGAGAGGCGGAGGAAAGUGACACUGCGGCGCUCCUGCAGGGAGAGGAGAAGCCGCAGCCAGGAUUCUGGACCUUCAGCUACUACCAGAGCUUCUUCGACGUGGACACGGUGCAGGUCCUGGACCGGAUCAAAGGCUCGCUGCUGCCCUGGCCGGGCACCAGCUUUGUGCGGCACCGGCUGCACAGCCGGCCGGACCUGUAUGGUCCCUUCUGGAUCUGUGCCACACUGGCCUUCGUCCUGGCCAUCACCGGAAACCUGACACUGGUCCUGGCCCAGUGGAGGGACCCCUCUAUCCACUACAGCCCCCAGUUCCACAAGGUGACUGUGGCCAGUAUCACCAUCUACUGCUACACAGGACUGGUGCCACUGGCACUGUGGGGCUUCCUGCAGUGGCGCAGGGGCAUCCGGGAGCGCGUGGGGCCCUACACCUUCCUGGAGACUGUGUGCAUCUAUGGCUACUCUCUCUCUGUCUUCAUCCCCACUGUGGUCCUGUGGCUCAUCCCUGUUCCCUGGCUGCAGUGGCUCUUUGGAGCACUGGCCCUGGCCCUGUCAGCCUCAUGCCUGGUGUUCACCUUGUGGCCGGUGGUCCGUGAAGACACCAGGCUGGUGGCAGCGGCACUGCUGUCCACCGUUGUGCUGCUGCAUGGCCUGCUGGCCCUGGGCUGCAAGCUGUACUUCUUCCAGCCACUGCCUCUGGAACAUGGGGCACCUCCGCUCCAAGCCACGAAUCUGCCCCCGACCGCACUACCCCCCAGCCAGCCCUGGCCCCCCACAUCCUCCUAGGAAGGCUGCAGCCUUGCAGGCAUCAGAGGGGCCACCUCGGCCCCACCCGACGAUGGCUGGAGGCUCCCACAGGAUUUCAAGUCACCGAGCUCUCUCCAGACUUUUCUUAAAAAGCGCACUUUUAUUUCCUAUGCAAACGGGACUCCGAGAACUCAUAUAAAGGGGGCAGCUGACAAGAAGCUUCCUUUUACGCUCAGGAGGCCCGCCAGGGUCCAUCCACCCCCAGCCUGCCUGCUGGGUCUGUCCCGGCAGGGAGCCCCCUCCCCUAGGGGCACAAUGGACGGGUUUCAGGCCUACCUGAGCCCCAUCUGAGCUCAGGGUGUUAGAAAAGGGGGAGAAGGAAACUGCCCUGGCUGAAAUACAUGUUUCCUUGUUUAUUUUUUUUUUUUUGGGGGGGGUGUGUCCCUGCAAGGCCCCUUCCCAUCUAGCGAGGGACCAGGUGCCAUAAUACAGGUAGGAACUGGAGUGUCUACAUGUACUGAGGGGGCUACACGGGCCUGACGGCAGCUACAGGAAAAGGGAGCUCCCACCACAGAUCUGUGAGGUGUGUGUGUGUGUGUGUAUCUGCCCCUCAGCCUCCAGGCCGGGUUCCUGGCCACCCAGCCUUGCUCUUAUUGGGUGGGGGGUGGGGGUAGGGACAGCAGCAAGAGGCAGGGGCCACGGACGGAGUGCUUUUCCCGACAGCCAGGCUGGGUGUACAUUCAUGUGUGAGGUGAACCCUUUGGUUGGGGGCCUGUGGGUGACUGGGAGGUCUGGCCCGCCCCCACAGACCCGGUCAGGCCACCCCUCACCGAGGGCCUCUUAAGUCUGGGGAGGGGCUGCUGGCUCGGCCCGGCCGGCCUGGUUCCUCAGAGGGUCUGUGGAUUGACACUGGUUCUUUUCGUAAAAAAAUAAAAUAAAAAAAGCAGCAUGUCACACCUAUGGUGACCCAA